AUGUCUUUGAACAGUCUCAGCCAGGACUCAAUGCCAGAAAAAAAUACUCCACCUCCGCCUCCGCCCCCACCGGUGAAUCUGAGCUCAAAAAUCGCACCAGCUGUUUUGAAGAUGCGGACAACCUCCCCUAGCAAGCAUUUCACGUCUCAGGCUCGCUCUGAAGACCCAGACCCAGGCCCAGCCCCAACAGGUCCCUACUUUUUCUACGGCUCUCUGCAGGAUCCAGGCCUACUCCGUCAUAUCUUGGGUCUCGAAGACAAUCCAACAUUCCGACCAGCGCAGCUGAAUGGCUUCAAAUGCAGGCUUUGGGGGCAGUACCCAGCCUUGCUGAGCGGGGAUCCGGAUGAUACAGUCACCGGCGCCGUGUACGAGGUGCAAACCGUCCAUCAUGCAGAGAGGCUGGCAAGCUACGAGACUGCCAGCUAUCAAGCCAUACCCUGUGCUGCUCAAUACACGGAUUGUGAAUCUUUGUCACAGCUACAGGCACAUGUGUUUCUCUUCGUGGGGAAUUCGCGUGACUUGAGCGACAGGUCGUUUGACUUGGAUCGUUGGUUGGAGAGAUGA